AUGGGCAUGGUCUAUGAGGUUCUUUUCAGUGGCUUGGAAGCUCUUGUGUUAGGAAGCGGGCAUUAUGCCAAGCUUGACCGCAUUGUUGCCGCAUAUGGUCGCCGUCUUCUCCGUGGUACUGCGUGUGAAAAAAUUGCACAAGCAGAUGGCAAUAUCAAAUAUCGGAGCAUGCCCAACACCGACGUUUUCCGGCACCUUGGCGUCGCCUGCACCAGCACAGAACUUCGCAUUCGUCGUCUUAAGUUUCUCCAGCGGCUCGCUACAGACCCAUUUCGGCACCAUCAUGUCAUCACUGCUAUUUUUGGCACCAUGGAUUUCGAUUCUGAACCUACUGUGGAUGCUGAAGUGGGCCUCAGUCCAAGGGCCAACUCCUACGCCAGGCUGUACUGGAAGGACUUGCAAUCUUUGGCUGGGCUGGACUCGGCUCAUUGGAUUGUUGAACUUGCCGGCAAUGACAUCAUGGCCUUUUUCACAGAGCUGGCUACGGAUUUUGCCCAUGUGGAUGUUACCGAGCUUCGGGCACAGGAGCUCUCUGUCCAGAUUCCACCGCCAGGUUUCUCACCAGCGCCAAGACAACAUCAUGCUGAGGAGCCUCUGGAAAUGGAUGAUUUGCCUCAUGUGUGUUCCAUUGCAUUGGAGAGCGGGAUUCCAUGCGGGCAGCGGUUUGCAAGUCUCCGGGAUUUACGCUUGCACCAGUACAAGAGCGGUCUUAGCAACCAUAACAUUGUGUCUGACUACUGCAAGGCGGCUCAUGUCAACCAAUGCCCAUGGUGUCUCAUGGUACAUGCGUCCAUCGUCUCCACGCGUAAACACAUCAAACGCCGAUUGGACGCAGAUGCGGCACUCUCGCCGCGGGAAGAUGAGCGGCUCAUCCAGAAAGCCGUGUUGCUGGUGCCGAAGAUGACGCUACGUCAGGAGCUUGAAGUCAGAGAGCUUCAAAGCGCUGUCUUCAAGACCUUCAUGCUCAAGGAACAAAACCUGCUCAUCGCUGCUGUGAAGGGUGAAGUUGGAUCUUUUGUGGAAAAAUCGAAGCUUGCGCGCACAUCUGGUGGAAGCAUGCCUGACGGAGAACUCCAUGCAUACGCUUGGGCUGCCGUUACUGGCAUUGCUACACAGCAAGUCUCUCUCGAUGCCCUUAAGGAGACCAUCGUUGCUCAUCGAGCUGCAAUGACAUCGCCAGAUAAAAUCGCCGACAUUGUCUACAUUGCAAAGAUGAAGAAAGCCUUCAAUCGGGGCGAGUUCAAGCUGUUCCCUGUUGCGACUGGUGCGGUUGAGAAGAAGGGACAGGCACCGGCAAGCGGAAUGGCUCGGGAGCUGCAGUCUUUGGUCGACAAGCUGACCGAGAUGACAGCAAAGUAG